UUGGCUCUGUAAUUUAGCACAAGCUAACCCAGUGAAGCAAUGCUUGCCUUUUUCUUACCAUGUGGAUUUGAAAAGAAAGAAAACACCUUGGAAAUAGAGAAGUAAUUUUCGGGUGGUGCACUGCAUUGACUCUUCACAGCCCAUGUUGUGUUUAAAUUCGUUCCCGCCCGUCGGAAUGCUGCCCGGGCUUAAACUUGUUGGCUGAUCCCUUUGAAUUAGCAGCUCCUGGGCCUUGAAGCCGCGGUGCUCGAGUGUAGUGUUAAACCGGGAUCAGAGAUCUGUGACCGACGGAAACUUAUUUAAGGUUUUGCUCAUUUUUACAAGUCUAUUCUUAACAUGUCGCACACUGGACCCCCUCCACGAUGGCGUAACUGUCCCAGGAGAGGGCAGCCAUUGGCAGGUAAAUUCCUGCCUAUGAAAACAAUGUUGGGCCCCCGGUAUGAUGACCAAGUCGCAGAGGAGAACAGGUUUCAUCCGAGCAUGUUGUCCAACUAUUUAAAAAGCCUCAAAGUGAAAAUGGGUUUGCUUGUAGAUUUGACGAACACUACUCGCUUUUAUGACCGCAACGAUAUUGAGAAAGAAGGAAUUAAAUAUCUGAAGCUCCAGUGCAAAGGCCACGGUGAGUGCCCUUCUAAAGAGACAACUGCAGUGUUCAUCAGGCUCUGUGAGGACUUCAUAGAGAAGAAUCCCACAGAACUGAUCGGAGUACACUGCACGCAUGGCUUCAAUAGGACAGGCUUUCUGAUAUGUGCGUACCUGGUGGAGAAGAUGGACUGGAGCAUCGAGGCAGCUGUGGCUGCUUUCGCCCAGGCUCGGGCUCCUGGGAUCUAUAAGGGAGACUACCUCAAAGAGCUUUUCUGUCGCUAUGGUGAGGAAGAGGACACGCCCGCCGCCCCCGCGCUGCCCGAGUGGUGCUUUGACGACGACGACGGCGAUGUGGACGACGACGGCAACGCGGUCAGCCAGGAGUCGGGCCCCAGCUCCUCUGGGUUGGCACUGGGCAAGAGAAAGAAGGAGAAACUAAAACUGGGUGCAGUGUUUCUUGAAGGGAUCUCAGUGAAAGGGGUCACACAGGUCACGACCCAACCCAAGUUGGGCGAGAUCCAAAGAAUGUGUCAGGAGAUGGCCGAGUGGGACAGGUCUGGAUUUCCGGGUGCGCAGCCUGUGUCCAUGGACCGACAAAAUCUUCGUUUUCUGGAGCAGAAUCCUUAUAAAGUCAGCUGGAAAGCUGAUGGAACACGGUAUAUGAUGCUGAUCAAUGGAAAAAAUGAAGUUUUCAUGAUCGACAGGGACAACUCAGUCUUCCACAUAGCAAACCUCGAGUUCCCUUUCCGGAAGGAUCUUCGUGUCCAUUUAUCCAAAACUCUACUGGAUGGGGAGAUGAUCAUCGACAAGGUGAAUGGUCAGCCAGUCCCUCGCUACUUGAUAUAUGACAUCAUCAAAUUCAAUGGACAACCUGUUGGCCAGUGUGAUUUCAAUAUUCGACUCCUGUGCAUAGAAAAGGAAAUAAUUUCUCCACGCCAGGAAAAAAUGAAGCUCGGACAGAUCGACAAAGCCAAGGAGCCCUUCAGUGUCCGAAAUAAGCCCUUCUUUGACAUCCACGCAUCGCGCAAGCUCCUUGAAGGAAGCUUCACUUCCCAAGUCAGCCAUGAAGUCGAUGGACUCAUCUUCCAGCCGUGUGGGAGGUACAAAGCUGGGAGAUGUGACGACAUCCUCAAGUGGAAGCCCCCCAACCUCAACUCUGUGGACUUUCGCCUCAAAAUCACCAAAGUCGGAGGAGAGGGGAUGUUACCACAGACUGUCGGCUUGCUCUACGUUGGAAACUUCGAUAGACCCUUUGCAACGAUGAGGGCAACCAAAGAGCUGAAACAGUACGACAACAAGAUCAUCGAGUGCACCUUUGCUAACAACAGCUGGGUGUUUAUGAGGCAGAGGGUGGACAAAAGCUUCCCCAAUUCCUAUGACACAGCCAUGGCUGUCUGUAAAAGCAUCCAGGAACCCGUCACGAAGGAAAUCCUUUUUGAGUAUCUGGACCGCUGCGCCCAGGGAGUCAACGCACAGAGCCGGAAACGCCCGCCUGACCCGGACUCGGAGCUAAUGCCCCCUCCGCCUCCGAAAAGACCCAAUUGGGCUUCGCCGUAACCCCUUCGCCCCCUCCAAACUGAGCCCCUCUGGAGUCCCGAACACACCCACAGUCGCAGCGAACAUCCUCAUCAGCAUCCAGACCCUCUACAGAAAACACUUCAAGCCCGUCUGCUGCGUCGCGUUUUCGCUUGUACCUGUGUGGACCUCAGAGAAGUGACUGCCUCAAUGUGAUUCAUCCAUUUACCUUGUAGAAAUCUUUGUAGCUUGAAUUGCUUGUGUUCUUAUUAAAACACUGAACAUAAUGCUUAGAUUAUUUUUUGACUGUUUUCCUAUUUAUUUUUUCUAAUUCUGAGCUAAACUGUCAAGAAAGGACUUUGUUAUGGCUAACAUCUGAUGAGCAUUGUUUACUUUGUGUCAACCAUUUCCUUGUUUUAAUUUGAAAGAGGAGUAAAAAUAAUCCAAGCUCAAUCUGUCGUGAUGCAUUUAGCUUCCUAUCAACUAAGGUCUCAGCAUUUCAAUUAAAAUUCACAGGAUAAGUGUGCAGUGGAGGGGAUAUCUAGAUGUUUAAGGUGUAUAAUUAUGUAGUGGGUAAGGUUUAUUUCCCAGUGAUCUGCCUGACUUUAUCUUGUUUUGCUUGAAAGGCGGCAAGUAAACAGAAACUCAUCACUGCGGUAUUUUUACUCAGCCGUUUCAGUCUCUGCAGCUCCCUGAAGGAACAACUUGCUGCUCGGCAGGAAGGCAGUGGACCCUGAAAAAACUGCUCAGGAGUUGCACAAACAACACAACAGGAAUCCUCAGGUGUACAAAGUUCAUGGAUCCAAGUUUGAUGUGAGUCCAAUCCUGUCGGUGGGGAGCUAGACUGGUCCACAGAGAACCAAAACCUACAGUAUGCAACAUCCAAAGGUCCCUAUGAUAAGGUCCAGGACAUGUUCAGAUAUUUGUUCAGACUGGGAAAAAUUAAGUGCUUCUUUUACAAAUUGAACAUCAGUCAGUUGCCCAUAAUAAUUUGUCUUUUUUCUAUCUAAAGUUUUGUUUUUGGGGUGUAUGGAUUAUUAAAGGAGCAAACAGAACUGGAGGAGUUAAUAACUGAAGAAAUGUGGUUGCUAAUAUUGAAGAAAAGGUAAGCAUUUCUAGGCAAAUUAACAGCAUAGCCAUUUCAGAUUUGUCUUGUAUAAUUAUGAUUAAUAAUACAUAAUUAUAAUUUUUAUUCCAUCUUUAGUUGGAAGUGAAUGGCACAUUAUUGAAUAUAGUGAAUGUUUUUUCUUAAAUAACAUUAAGAUUGAAGUGGAUAAAAGAAUUACUUCAAUAAAUGACCAGGCAGAAUUGUGUUCGAAGACAGUUUUCCUCAAAUCAAACAUUUUAUGCAUACUUUCCUACAACUCGGACCUGAAACAUUAGUCAUUCACGGUCGGUAGCACAAAUGGUAGGGCCUGUUUAGUAUUUGCUCUCAUAUCCGUCAGGAUAUUCAUACGCCUGGUUGGUUGCCACUGGUGACAUUCACUGUCGGAGCAAAGAACAGAACCGGUCUUUCAGCCAUCUGGCUCCAUCGCUCCUGUGUUUCCACUCCGUAAAAUCCAGUUCUGGCUGUGUUGCCUGGCCUAAGAAUAUAGUUGGUUGUUUUCUCUUUUUUUAUUUUUAUUUUUUAUUUUUUUGUACGUUAUUGAUUUCAUCAAUUUCAUGUAUUUGACCAAAUUUAUUUAAAUUGGUCAUUGAGCAACUACGUUGUCGUGACUCAGCUCAAGAAGUGAAACUAAUUAUUAAAUUGCACACACAGUAUGAUCCAUUUCAUUAGUUUAUAUCUGUUUAUUUGAUUUCAUUUAAAAUAAAGUAAAACAUGACAUCUAGUUUUUAAAAAAAUAAUAACAAAGCCAGUUUUAAUAAAUAAUCCUGACUUGAUAGAUGUCCAUCAGUUUUUGACAACUCUACACAUGAUGGCUACAAAAGGUCACUGUUUAAAAAGUUGAAUUUUCAUAAAGCGCUCUAUCUAAUCAUAUUGAUGUGAAGCUUAAUGGAUGAAAAAUUGUGAUAGAAAUAUAUGCAAAAUUUCUUUAGCCAUACAUGUUUUUUUUGUCUGCCAAAAAAUAAUUUUGGUCUCACUUGAUCAGUUCACCUUCUUUCUACAUGACUUCUCACAAGCUUAAGAAGUGCUGGUCCACCUUUCCCAGAGUUACCAUUGAGUUUGGCUCUCUCUGGUAAGGACCAAUGAAAUAUUUGUGACAGAAGAUGAAAAGUCGUAUGAAUUUUUUUUUUUUUACAAGGCUCCAUUUGCUGCACAGUUACUAACUGAAUCAGGUAAUUAGUUGUAGUUUUAUCUCGAAUGAAUUCCCAACACCAUUCACAAUGAGUUCUCAUUAACACCUUUACCCGGGAAACACAAGCACUGUGACGCAGGAACCUUUCAGGUGUUUCGUGUUUGCUGAACACAAGAAACAACAAAGUGUGGAGCAGAAAUACAUCCCUGCUCUUCUAUACAAAGGCAACAAAAUGUGUUGUUUAAAAAUCUGAACUCGCAGCAGCAUGAGUAGAGCAAGUUUUAAAGUCGUCUCAGAUUAAAAAUUGAGAUGUACAUUGAUUGUCCUCUGCAGCCCCUCCAGGGUCCUCCAGUAGGAGUUUCCACCUGCUUCCCUAAUGCGCUGUGCUUGACCUCUUCUCCCCCGUGAGGGACGGGCGGAUUAAGGUAAUUCCCCCUCCGACUCUAAACGUGAUCUCCAUCACUUCUUUCCUUUCAAUUUGAAUGGAGAAAACCUUGUUGCCAGGUAACAUUUUUGAUGUCUAAUUUUCACCUCCUGCCCACAUUGUUGCUCGUUGCUUGGAGUGUUACCCUUUGACAACAUUUUUGUCCUUCAGUUUUUAUGGAGGCUGUUACUUUUAUGUUAGUAAUCAUGAAUUUAAUUAAAAACAGCAAAAAAUCUGAGAACAGUUGCAGUGUCUUGCAAAAGUUGCCAUGCUCCUUGAACUCUUAUUAUGUUUUGUGAAAUUACAAGAAUAAGCUUCAAGGUAUUACUAUGUUGGGAUUGUGUUCGACAGACCAACACUACAGCAUGCUUUUCUUUUUCCUUUGCUUUGCUACAAUCACGUUUUGCUGCAUUAAUGGCUGCAAGAGGAGAUAUGUCUCUAAUUUUUCUUGUAAAUUAUCAGUAGUUCUUCGGAUUAAAUAAAGAACAUCUGUGAGAAUCAA